AUGAGCUCUGUAGUCAUUAAUGUAAGUGAAAGCACAGCGCCCGGUGUGCGCUUUCCUCUGGAGAGCGCGCAUGACGCCGAUAUUGGAGUGAAUUCAGUCAAAACUUAUAAGCUUACAACCAAUGAUUUCUUCACUUUAGAUGUACAAACUCAUAGUGAUAAAACUGUCUCUGCUGAAUUAGUACUUCAGAAGACUUUAGAUAGAGAGAAAACCCCAAGGCUUGAAUUCACAGUCACUGCUGUUGACGGCGGGACGCCCGCCCGGUCAGGAACCGUCAUGAUCGAGGUUAAUGUGAUGGAUAUCAAUGACAACGCACCAGUGUUUAGUAAAUCAUUGUAUAAAGUAUCAAUAGCCGAGCACGCGCCAGUUGGCACUACAGUAAUACGAUUGCAGGCUGGAGAUCUAGAUGAAGGGAUGAAUGGAGAGAUAGUUUACUCUUUUAUCAGUCGGACGCCUCCAAAUAUUCUGGAAAAGUUUGAUAUUGACGCGCAAAGUGGAGAUGUAAAAAUCAAAGGUGAUAUUGAUUACGAGGAGAAUAACGCAUUUGAGAUCAGAGUUCAAGCCACAGAUAAAGGUCCAGUGACUAUGUCGGGGCAUACUAAGCUUUUGGUAGAAGUCCUAGAUAUUAAUGACAACCCUCCAGAUGUGACUGUUACCUCACUUCUUAGCCCGGUAGUGGAAAGCGCGGGGAAGGGCACGGUCAUUGCGCUGAUGACGGUGUCAGAUCCAGACUCGGGUAAAAACGGAGCAGUGCGCGUUCGUCUUGCGGGGUCCAGUCCUUUUAAAUUACAGUCGUCGUUUCAGAACUACUUUUCAUUGGUUUUAGAUGCCGGACUGGACCGGGAAAACGCAACAGAGUACAACAUCACAGUCAUUGCUGAAGACGAAGGGUCACCGUCCAUGUCCAGAGCUAAAGUAAUACACGUGGAUGUCGCUGACGUGAAUGACAACGCGCCUCGCUUCCCAAAUCCUGUAGAGUAUGCAUACCUGCGCGAAAACAGCCAAGUAGGAUCGAUUAUAUCCACACUGGCGGCUUCUGAUGCAGAUAUCAUGGACAAUGCGCGUGUAACAUACUCAUUACUGCAAAGUUCUGUCAACGGUUCCCCCAUUAGUGCGCUCCUAAAAGUAAACGCACUGACGGGAGAGAUCGAGAGCAUGCAGUCUUUUAACUAUGAGGAGAUCAAAACGUUUCAGUUUAAAGUUCAGGCCACAGACUCUGGUGUUCCUCCUCUGAGCAGUAACGUGACUGUAAAUGUGUUUAUCCUGGAUGAGAAUGACAACAGUCCCGCGAUUCUCGCGCCCUAUUCCGAGCUCGGUUCCGUGAACACCGAGAACAUUCCCUAUUCUGCUGAGGCGGGCUACUUUGUGGCCAAGAUCAGGGCUGUAGAUGCAGACUCUGGUUACAAUGCGCUGCUGUCUUACCACAUCUCUGAACCCAAAGGAAACAAUCUGUUCCGAAUCGGAACCAGCAGCGGGGAGAUCAGGACUAAGAGGAGAAUGAGUGACAAUGACCUGAAAACUCACCCGUUGGUCAUUUCGGUUGGGGAUAACGGAGAGCCCUCACUGUCCGCGACUGUGUCUGUUGAUGUUGUGGUUGUUGAAAGCACAGGUGACGUCAAGACUCAGUUCAGACAUGUGCCGAUAAAGGAGGAGAGUUUCUCGGAUUUAAAUCUGUAUUUGCUGAUCGCCAUUGUGUGUGUGUGCGUCAUCUUUUUACUGAGUCUCAUCAGUUUGAUCGCUGUCAAAUGUCACAGGACAGACGGCAGUUUGGGCAGGUACAGCACCCCAAUGAUCACCACACACCCUGACGGGAGCUGGUCUUACUCCAAAUCUGCUCAGCAGUAUGACGUGUGUUUUAGCUCGGACACACUGAAGAGUGACGUAGUGGUUUUCCUGCGUCAUUUCCGCCUGCAGAUGCGGAACUGA